AUGGCGCACCCGCUGCGCCUUCUCGGCCGCAUGGCCGGCGGCGGCGGCCGCCGGGGCCGCCUCCCACCUCCUCUCGCAGCCCUCGCCCACCUCUCCGCCUCGCCGCACCGGAGCCCCGACCGGCAGCUCCCGUCACCUGCUCCCCCGCUCCCUUCACGCCCUCGCUUUCUCCCUUUCGCCGUGCCCGCGCGAAGCUUCUCCUGGUACUCCCGCUCCCCAUCCGUCCCCGCCGCCGGCGCAGUCGCUGCGGAGGCUCCGGUUGGCGAGGGCGCAGGGGUCGAGACGAAAGGCAUCUACUUGGAUGAUGCGAGUACCAUCGAUUACGGGGAGGUGCUCCCCGGCGCGGCAGGCGGUGCGGCGGAUGCUGCCGCGGGAGUGGCCGUCGGUAGCGAUGGAAGCGGCAUCUCCGGUUUCUGUAUGGGCACGGUAGUCGACGCCAUCGACGGGUUCCAUAGUCUCACCGGACUACCAUGGUGGAUAACAAUCUCGGUCUCAACUGUGGCCAUGCGACUUGUGAUACUCCCUGCUCUGGUAUUACAACUUCACAAGACUGCUAAAAUUGGCCAACUAUUUCGGAAAUUGCCCCCUCCAUUCCCACCCCCUCUAUCAGGAAGGAGUUAUCGUGACCAGUACUCUCUUUUCCAGAAGAAAAGGCGAGAACUCGGUUGCCCCUCCUUUCUUUGGAAUUUCGCCUACUUUUCAGUUCAGCUCCCUUGCUUUAUAUUGUGGAUGGCAAGCAUCCGGAGUAUGUGCCUGAGUAAUCACCCUGGAUUGGAUAAUGGCGGUAUUCUGUGGUUUCAUGACUUGACUGAGUUUCCACAUGGUGCUUUAGGUCCUGUUUUUCCUAUCUUAGUUGCUGGACUCCAUUAUUUGAAUAUUCAGAUAUCCUUCCAGAAAAGCCAUACCAAGGAGUUGCCUGGAGUUUUAGGCGUACUAGCAAAGUACUACAAGAUAUACCUUGAUAUUCUGUCUAUUCCUUUGUUACUUAUCGCGUAUGUGGUCCCUCAGGGAAGCCUGAUCUACUGGACUACCAAUGGUUUAUUUAGUGUAGCUCAGCAAUUGUCCCUCAGAAAUGAUGUUAUCCGCAAGAUGUUGGGAUUGCCUGAUAUUGGAGCUCACUCUGGUAAUGCAUCACCAAAAUCUGUUCUUGAGGGUCAGAAGGCGAUGCAGCAAUGGCCCCUUGGAGGUACUCCUGUGCAAUCAAAAUUGGGAUCAUCUGAUAACGAGACUCCAAAGUUUAUGUUUGAGAAUAGUACGAUAAUGGAAGAAAAUGUAUCCGAGUCCAGUUCACCUGAGGAGCUUCUUCAACAAGCAUUACAAUAUUUGCAAACUGGCUGUCAAGAUCAAGCUAUUCCACUUAUCAAAACAGCGAUAGAGAAAAACCCAGAUCUGUUUGACUGUUUGAUUGGAAUGGGGCAGAUGUUGUUCCAAAAUAAGUUGUUUGCUGAAUCCGCAGUUUGUUAUGACCAUGCUAUACCAAUGAUUAAAGAACAGGAUCCUCUUCUUAUACUUGCAUACUUUGGUGCUGGUCUUUCACGACAACAGCAGGGCGAUAAUGAGACGGCAAUCAAACUCCUGCAAAGAAUAGCGGAACUCAAGGAGCCAGAGAAGAACAAGCAAUGCUAUUUCCAAGGCUUUAUUGUUCUAGCAAGUAUACUACUGAAUGAAGGUCGUAAUUCUGAGGCUGCGAAAUACCUGCGACUAGCUAUGGCUUAUGAUCCUACUGCCGAGAGACUUCUGAAGGAAUGUGAAGACUCAAUGGAAGACCAACCAAGCCAGCAGAAUAUUGAGCCACCAGACCAGAAAAGCCAAUAAGACAGGCAGAACAGGGACAUGAUAUUGCUUUCUUUUUUUCAACAUCAGCACAAGGUUUUCUUGGCAGUUUAAUCGCGAUCUGCUAUAUUUCCUAGUCGGGAAGCUUAGUUCAUCCUUGGAGAUUCUAAAAUAUACGUCAGUUUUUUUUUAAUCAGAUAGGGGCAGUGACCUAAUAUAUGAAUCCAUUGGAAGUCGAGGCAUAUAGGCCUAGGCGGCACAGAUGUUAGCUCAUUGAUGUAUUGUUAUUUUACCAUUACGGUGUUAAUCGAAGUAUCUAACAGCAGCAAGUAUGGUUUGAUCAAAUUAAUUCAUAAAUUUUCAUGUUGA